AUGAUGACAGCAGACAUACUUCUUUUGUUAUCGCUUUUUGUAUCAUUGAAUAAUGCAUUUUGGUUACCAGGUGUUACACCAACCACGUACCACACCGGGGAUGCAAUACCUCUUCUGGUGAACCAUUUGACACCAUCGCAGCAAUUCCACCAUAUAAACUCUGAAGGUGAUACAGUUUCUGGUGAUGCACAACACUAUAUGUAUUCUUACGACUACUAUUAUCCUAAAUUUCACUUUUGUCAGCCCCAAAAUAUAAGGAAGGAGCCAGAGUCCUUAGGUUCAUUUUUGUUUGGAGAUAGAAUCUACAAUUCGCCAUUUGAAUUGAAUAUGCUAGAUAAUAAAGAGUGUGUUAAGCUAUGUAGCACUUCGAUUCCCAAGGAGGACAGUCAAUUUAUCAACAGUUUAAUUAAGAGUGGAUUUAAGCAAAACUGGAUCGUGGAUGGUUUGCCAGCUGGAAAUGGUGUCCUUAGAUCUGAUGAUGACCAGGAUGACGAGGAACAAAAGUAUCUUGUUGGAUUCCCACUAGGUUUCGUCGACGUUAUUGAUGGGUGGGAUGCUCAGCAAAAUCCAAACAGAGAAAGGGACAGUAAGGCAAGUCAGAAUAAAAUUAUCGAAUUACCAUAUUUUGCUAAUCAUUUCGAAAUUGAGAUUCAUUAUCAUAAAAUUGAGAGCAAUGCCCACCGUGUUGUCGGCUUUGUUGUGACUCCGUAUUCCAUUAAGGACAAUUCAGAGACGUGUAUACUCGACGGAGAAAGAUUGGUUCUUUCUGAAAAAGGCGAUACAGAGGUUUCCUUUACCUACUCUGUUAAAUAUAUGCACUUUGCCCAGACUUGGGCUACAAGAUGGGAUCAAUAUGCCUAUGGGUUUGAUUCAAAGAUUGAAUGGGUUUCUUUAUUGAAUUGCUCUGGUGUUGUAAUUGCAUUGUCGGCGGUAGUGGUCCAUAUGCUAAUGCGCGCAUUAAAGAAAGAUUUCGCCCGCUACAACGAGCUAAACCUAGAUAACCAAUUUCAGGAGGAUUCUGGUUGGAAGCUAUGUCACGGUGACGUUUUUAGGAUUCCAAACAGGCCUUUGUUACUUUCUGUACUGAUCGGUUCAGGUACUCAAUUGUUCCUAAUGGUCAUAUGCAGUGUGAUACUGGCGACUAUUGGAUUUGCCAAUUCACAAUCUAGAGGGACUUUGCCAACUGUCAUGUUUAUCUUAUAUGCUCUAUUUGGAUCAAUCGGUUCCUAUACCUCAAUGGGUGUCUACAAAUUUUUCAAAGGCCCAUACUGGAAAGUUAACAUGAUCUUGACUCCAAUUCUCGUACCAGGUAGUGUCUUUUUGAUAAUUGUCGGUUUGAAUACUUUUUUGGCUUUUGUUCACUCAUCUGGUGUGAUUCCCUUGGGGACAUUGAUUACAGUCAUUGUCCUCUGGCUAAUUCUCUCUGUUCCAUUAUCGUUGGCCGGUUCUUUGAUUGCUCAUAAAAAAUGUAGUUGGGAUCAUCACCCUACGAAAACGAAUCAGAUAUUUAGGCAGAUUCCAUUUGAGCCAUGGUAUAUGAAAACUAUACCAGCUGCACUUUUAGCAGGCUUUUUCCCAUUCACUUCAAUUGCAGUUGAACUAUAUUUCAUUUACACCAGUUUAUGGUACAAUCAAUUCUUCUAUAUGUUUGGUUUUGUGCUAUUUUCCUUCUUCCUGCUCGUUAUGACAACCGCUCUGGUUACUGUAUUAAUCACAUACAACUCUCUCUGUUUAGAAAACUGGAAAUGGCAAUGGAAGUCAUUUAUUGUUGGUGGUCUUGGCUGUGCCACUUAUGUGUUCAUUCAUGCCAUCCUGUUCACGAAGUUCGAACUACGUGGAUUUGUCACAAUAGUAUUGUAUGUUGGUUAUUCUGCACUAAUUUCCAUCUUGUGUUGCAUCAUAACCGGUACCGUUGGAUUCUUCACCAGUAUGCUUUUCGUAAAGAGAAUUUACUCCUCCAUUAAGGUCGACUAG